AACUGAUGAAAUGUAUAUUUAUCGUACAGGUUAUCAGAAUAUACCUUGAAUAAUAUAUCAAGAUUUUUCUCAGAAUUGAAACUUGAGUUGUUUUAGUGAAUAAUAUAUAUAGAAAAUCAUUUGAAUAGAAGAAGAGAAAAGAAAAAAAGUUAUAAAUCGUCGAGUCGCCAGAGACUAUCUACUCUUUUAAACGAAAAGUUUUAUUUUUAUUCUGUUGUUCCAAAAGUCAUGAUAACAUUUCGACAGAAAAAAUCAACGCUGGAAACUAAUUGUUGGCUCAUUUUCUUAAUUGUUUGGAUAGGAACUUCGAUUUUAUCAAAAGGUGUCGUCGAUGCUUAUGCAUGGAGGAGACCGGGAUGUCAUCGAUUAGGUCACACGAGACGAGUGACUGUUCAUGGUUGCGUUGCACUUGACAUAACCACGAAUGCAUGUCGAGGUUAUUGUACUUCAUUUUCGAUUCCAUCAACGGAAGACUCACUUUUAAUUAAUCGUCAUCAGGUGAUCACUUCGAUAGGUGAAUGUUGCAACAUCAUGGAAACGGAAGAUGUUGUGGCUCGAGUUUGGUGUCGAGAUGGUAUGAAAACGUUCACCUUUAAAUCAGCUAAGAGCUGUGGGUGUUUCCAUUGUAAGAAAGAGUGAAUCUAAUGUAUAAUUAAAUUGUCUCAUCAUCAUCAUCAUCAAAGAAUUUAAUCAAAUCUUCAUCUGCAUCUUCAUCAUCAAGAGUAUUUUCCCUUUGUUCAAUGUUCAUUGUUCUGUGUUAACUCUUGUAUAUCACUUUUCACCUUUCAACUUAACCUUCUCAUCGAAACCAUUGGAUUGUAAGAUUAGAAUAAGAAAAAUAUAAUCAACAUAAAUUCAUCAUCAUCAUCAUGAGAAUGAAUUUUAUUGUUUCCGAUUCUAUUCAUCAUCAUCAUCAUCAUCAUCGUCAUCUUUCGUGUCUAAAUCGUUUCAAUGAGCUGAUUUUUCCAGUGAUGUUUAUCAUUUUUAUUCAUUCUAUCCUGAAACCUAUUAUCACAAUCACCAUGAAAAACUUCAUUGUUAGUAUUAAAGUAAUCAUGUUAUUGUAAUAUUCAUGUACUUCACGUUAUAUCAUAUUAACCAAGUUUACAUUUUAUCAACUCGUCUAUUCAUUAUAUAUACUUUUUGUUUUCUCUUUCAAUUUUCUUAUUCACACUUUUCCAUCAUCAACACUUAACAUUCAUUUAUCAUGAUAAUCAUGAUGAAAACAUUACAAUUCAAAUGAUUGCAUUUGUAUGACUUUUAUUUUUCCAUCCCAACUCAUAUAUACAUAUCAACACAAUGAAUAAUUAUAUCAUCAUGUUAAACAUGCUAAAAAUAACUUCAUCUUAACUAUGUAUCAUGAAUGUAAUUAAAAAGAUGAUGAGCAUCUACAUUUCAAUAGUAUUUAUUAAAUGUUGGAUCUUUUUGAACCUUCAAUCUGAGGAAAAUGUUUUUCGCUGGAAAUACAUGUAUUAAUAAUAAUAAAAGUUUUAUCACUAAUUAAAGUU